AUGAACAAUGAAGAAAUUUCAUCAAUAUCGUCUACACCCGCAAGUGCAACACCUGGUACCCCUCUUUUUUGUAGCUUAAGGUAUGAGAAAAAUGAGAAUCGUUCUGUUGGUAGAAAGAAAUCACUUCUCAAAAAUAUGAAUUGUUUUGCUAUUGAAGAAUGGAAUUUGGAAGAUGGUUCUUUACCUAGAGUGUCUUGUGCUUUGUCAUUGCCACAUGCUCCUAUCCCUCUUGCUAAAAAGGUUGAAGCAGAGUUUAUAGGUACAUUCAUUCUAAUGUUUGCUGGAAUGGGAAGUGCAAUAGAGAACGAAAAGGUUGAAAAAUUAGAGACACUAAUUGGAUGUGUUGGAGCUAGUGGACUUGCUGUUAUGAUCAUAAUUCUAUCAACUGGUCAUAUCUAUGUUGCUUUAAAACUGUUUAUAAUUUAG